AAUAAAAAACUUGGGUGUAAACUGUGGCAGAAUUCUUAUAAAAUUCGAAUCCAGAAAGUUCUUGGAUUUGAGAAAGUUAAAAGUUUGGGUCCAAUAGGGUAGAAAUCUAACUUACGACAUAUUAAGGUCGAAUUGCCAAUCCAUAUGGAUCAAAUCCAUCAUGUUAACAAAUAAAGGGACAAUAAGUGUAUACUGUUUAAAGUAGGCGUCAUCACUGGAAACCAGUGGUCUGUUCAUUCACUCGCAGACUUCUAUCAUCUCCAAUGGCGACCUCUUCCCUCCGGUUUGCAUUCUCCCCUCUUAUUCAUAGCCAAAACUCCUCCAGACUCUUGUUCUCAAUCCCUAAUUAUCAAACCAAAUCGAUCAGAAUCCUCGGUUUCUCCACCUCAUCUCCUUUACCAGACACCACUCUCGAAACCCUAGCUCCUCCACCGCCGCCGAGCCAUUCCGUCAAUAACCUCAACCCAUAUAAAUGGGAGCCUUACCGGAAGAAGAAGGUGGUGAUGCGCGUCGGAUACGUCGGCACCGAUUACAGAGGAUUGCAGAUGCAAAAAGAUGACUCCAUAUCCACUGUGGAGAAAGAGCUGGAAACAGCCAUUUAUAAAGCAGGUGGGAUUCGUGACAGUAACUUGGGGGAUUUGCAAAAGAUAGCAUGGGCUAGAAGUAGCCGAACUGAUAAAGGAGUUCAUUCUUUAUCAACCAUGAUAUCCCUUAAAAUGGAAAUCCCUGAAUACGCCUGGACUGGUGACCCAAAUGGGGUGGCACUUGCGAAUCUUGUCAAUACAUAUCUUCCCAAAAAUAUCAGAGUUUUCAGCAUUCUACCUUCACAAAGGAGUUUUGAUGCUAGAAGGGAAUGUAAUAUCCGGAAAUAUAGUUACCUUCUUCCCGUUGAAGUCAUUGGGGUCACUAGUAACUUAAGCACAUCAGAAAUCGAACAUCACUUAUCAGACUUCAAUACUAUACUUAAUUCUUUUGAGGGAGAACAUCCUUUCCAUAACUAUACAAUCCGAAAAAAUUAUAGAAAAAAGUAUUCCUCAAAACGAUCUCCUAACAGUGGGCGUAUCGCCGAUAGAAGGGCAAAAUCGUCAAUUGAGCCACCCCAAGCCAUUCUUGAGAAAAACGAUGAGGAGGAAUCAUCCGAUGGAGAAGAAGCUCUUGAGACAGAUGAAACGAUUGAUGAAUCAGAUGCAAAUGGGGAUACUUUGAAGGAUGUACCUAUUCCCAUUCUUGCUAAAUGGCUACAUGAACCUGAUGAUAAAGAUAGAAUAAGCGCUUCCCAUUUCAGAAGAAUUUUCCAAUGUUCAUGUGGAAAAUUGGAACAAUUAUUCGGAGCAAGAUAUGUUGAGAUCUCGAUUUGUGGGGAAUCAUUCAUGCUGCAUCAAAUCCGCAAAAUGGUGGGGACAGCUGUUGCAGUGAAGCGUGGGCUGCUUCGAAAAGACGUAAUUACCCUUUCACUGAACAAAUUCUCUCGCAUUGUGGUACCCAUUGCUCCAUCUGAAGUAUUGUUUUUAAGAUCGAACAAUUUUUCGAUGAGAACACGUAUUGGUACGAGGCCUGAGAUUGUGACUUUGGUUGAAUCUGAAGAAAUACUCAAGGAUGUUGAUGAUUUCUACAAAUCAAUCAUGUUGCCUCAAGUUUCAGAAUUCUUGGAUCCUUCUAGACCUCCAUGGAAGGAAUGGGUUGAGUUGUUAGAUAGAAACACUGGAAUCCCUGAUUCCCAGUUGGAUGAAGUCAAGAAUGCUUGGAUUGCAUGGAAAGGACAAUUCCGAAGUCGAGACACGAUUGCACCAUUAUAGUAUAUCCACAAACUUUGAAUCUUCUUUUUGCAAAAAGAAAAAAAAAUAUGGUUAUGAUUUUCUGAUUUAUAGUAUCAAAAAUUCAAAAUAGUCAUAUUUGCAAGCACAUAAGGAAUUGUAAGAAAAAAUGAUCAUUGAGAUGAGGAGGGCAUUUGCGUCUUUUGUGGACAAACGAGAAACUGAGAGGGAGUCCUUGUUUUGCCUUUUUUAGAUGGGACAAAAUUGCAACUUUUAUUUUCAUUAUUUGAUAUUUGAAGAGUAAACUUUAAAAAUCGUUUAUGUGGUUUGUCAUUCUCUUUGUUUUUGGUCACCAAAUGUAUCUUUUGUAAUAAAUGACCCUUAUAAUAGGGUUUUGUGUUGGAUCAAGUCCCUCGACUUAACAAUAUCGAAUAGAAUUUGGUAAGUACCUUGCCAAUUUAUCA